AUGUGUGCGACUUUUCCAUUUAUUUUCGAUUGCGGAGGACGACAGCACCAAAAAAAAAAAAAAAAAAAAGCAAAAGGGGGAAUGACAAUACAAAGGGAUGCGGCGGAUGAAGGCUGCGGUGAUCUUUUGCGGGCGGUGGAGGAGCGUAUUCCAUGUGAGAUUCGGUGCCAUUUCACCGGCAUGGCAAGUUACCGUCAGCUUAGGGAUGGCAACGAGGGGGAAUCGACGUUUGUUUCGCAUCCAAUGAAACGGUUUAGAGAAUUCACGUGUGAAAAGGAAGUCUGCGUGGAGAGCUGCAUAAGCCAUGUGCUCUCGUGUACGGCGUGUCAGAUACUAAAAGGGUAUUGUGUGCUCUGGGCCGAGUCUUUGGUGAACGUUGUAAUGUACGAACCAUUUGUGUCACGCACGGAGAGACGAAGAAGGGGAGAUGCAAAGACCCAGACAACAACGACGAAUAAAGAAAUACGCGGGCGUCACCAGCUGAUUUUUCACACCCUUCACAUUGUUGACAAGGCGGCAUACAAGCACCCAUUGCAGCAUUCCUUUGCCUUGCAGUCAGUCUGCCAGCCGGGAAGGGUCCUGCAGCUGGAAUGUUAUCCCUACCACAUGAUCCACUUUGGAUUGCUGAUUUAUGCUCUCUGGCGAAGCCCGGAUGAGGUUUUCAGUGCCAUACGAAAUAUGCCACGUCAAAAAAAGGUGAAUACGCCCCUUGAAAAAGGGGCUUGCAUGACGGAGACCGCAACUAUGUCUUUGACACCAUUGCAUUUCCCACUUUUGGCGACAACCGAGGAUGCGUCGGUGCUUAUCCUUGGUCUCGGCGGGAAUGUGAUUGGGAAUUGUUUGGAUUCCGCCCUUCCAGUUGAUGUGUCCAUCGACGUUGUGGAAGUGGAGCCGGCUGUGUUUGAAACUUGCCAAAAGCACGGCCAGGUUCCACCAUGUUCCGAGGUUCGGACCAAGAAGGAAAAUGGGACAACACGUGUGUGGGUUGUUCGAAAAGGGAGGCAGCGGCAUCCAAAUUACCGCUUUAUCAUUGGGGAUGCCCGUGUGGUGCUGCAGGAGGACAAAACACACCAAAAGGCUGACAGUGAGGGGCCGCUCCAUGGUCGUUGCUAUAGUCUUGUGUUUCUAGAUUGCUACGACCCCGAGAAGGAGCGCAUGAUGCAUGAUGGCAGUCUCAUUGAUGUGUGCCAGUCUCGUCUUUGUCCAGGUGGUGCGCUGAUUGUAAAUGCGCAUAUUUUGCCAACGAGAGAGGCGCUGGAGGAGCAGUUUCUCUCGCGUGGCUUUGCCUCCGUGCAGGUGUUGCGUGUGGCGGGGUGUGUUCAGAGCAUUGUGGUUUGUUUGGCGAGGGACAAGGCAUCGGCGAAAAGUCCCAACGAAGAGAAGAGUAACAAAAGGGAAGGGGGCCAGCAACAAAUAGGAAGACUGGAUCGAUUUUGUGUAAGACACGCCCGUCAUUUGGCGUCUUAUAUUCAAUGUGCCUCGAGAGCGGACCCCGGUAUGUGCCGUUUAUUCCGCAGUGGUUUUUCUUUGGAUGCAAACUGGUUGAGGUCCUCACGGUCAGUGGAAGGAGCCUCUUGCAACACCCGUGUGUGGGAACACUACGAUUAG